CUCCGGCGGUAUCUCUAUCUCUCAUUCCCGCUUGAUCCAGCAAGGUGAGGUGUCAGGGACGCGCGCGCAAAUCAGUGGACGCACAGGUAAAGCACCAUGGCCACAGGAGAGCCCAAAGCAAAGAAAAUCAAACUCGAGGAAAAGACUGAUCUGAUCAGUGAAAAUGCGCUUUUUGGCAUGGGAAACCCCCUACUCGACAUCUGUGCUGUGGUGGACAAGGAUUUCCUUGACAAGUAUGGACUCAAGCCAAAUGACCAGAUUUUGGCAGAGGACAAACACAAGGAAAUGUUUGAUGAGAUCGUCAAGAAGUUCAAAGUGGAGUACCAUGCCGGCGGUGCCACACAGAACUCUGUGAAAGUUGCCCAGUGGAUGAUCCAGAAGCCCCAUAAAGUGGCCACCUUCUUCGGCUGCAUCGGAAAAGACAAGUUUGGGGAGAUCCUGAAGGAGAAGGCGGAGGAGUCUCAUGUGGAUGCGCACUACUACGAGCAGAGCGAGGAGCCCACAGGGACCUGCGCCGCCUGCAUCACCGGCGACAACAGGUCUCUUGUUGCUAAUCUGGCAGCCGCCAACUGUUACAAGAAAGAGAAGCAUCUGGACCUGGAGGAGAACUGGAAGCUGGUGGAGAAAGCCAAAGUCUACUACAUUGCUGGAUUCUUCUUGACUGUAUCGACGGAGUCCAUACUGAAGGUGGCGAAGCACGCGUCCGAGAACAAUAAGAUCUUCACCCUGAACCUCUCUGCUCCCUUCAUCUGCCAGUUCUUCAAGGAGUCUCUUAUGAAGGUCAUGCCCUAUGUUGACGUCCUAUUUGGCAAUGAGACGGAGGCUGCGGCGUUCGCGCGAGAGCAGGGCUUCGAGACAAAAGACAUUGAGGAGAUUUCCAAAAAGGCCCAAAGCUUACCCAAGGUGAACAAGAAAAGGCAGAGAAUCGUGGUCUUCACCCAGGGCAAGGAAGGCACCGUAAUGACCAAAGGUGACAAGGUGGAGACGUUCCCGGUCAUAGAGAUUGACCAGAAGGAAAUUGUGGACACCAACGGAGCUGGAGAUGCAUUUGUUGGAGGUUUCCUGUCGGAGCUGGUGCAGGAGAAGUCUCUGGAGCAGUGUAUCCGUGCCGGACACUAUGCCGCCAACGUCAUCAUUAGACACGCCGGCUGCACAUUUCCAGAGAAGCCCGACUUCCAUUGAAAACAAGUGGACUUCACCGCCCCAGUGUUAACAUGGGACUGAUGCCUUUAUCUUAUUUUUUUUAAUAGUUUUUAAUUGACGAUUUAAUUCUCCUUCACUCCCCCCCCCCUCCUCUCUUCUUCAUCUUUACCCUCUUCGCAUUCAGACUUCUGUGCCUCUGCUUCCUAGCAGCCAGUCCCACGUCAUGAUGUAAUCAUGCAAACAUUUUACUUCAUAACAAACGUGUUUACAACAUUCGCAGCCCACUGCUGCUAUAAAUAGCCACUUGUUUUCUUUUAUACUAAGAUGAGUUUGAUUAUGUUCUGUCCCCUGUCUAGAAAAUAGAAAAAAAUAGAAAAAACAUUAGCAGAAGUCGAGUGUGAUGUUGAUAACCAGCUUAUGUACCAAAAGCCUAGACUCUCUAACACUCGCCAGAAAAGCAGCAGCUUGGGGGGGUCAUUUGAGUUCACAAGAGUUUUUAAAGGCCAGUCUUGCUCUUAAAAAGCCAAAAUGUUUUUCUUCUGUGAGAUGUUCACUUUUAACUGUGUAUAAUAAGGACAUGAAAACCUCUGCAUGCGUUUGUGUGUGUGUGAGUGUGAGUGCGCUGUGUGUUAUGUGGAGUCUGGACUCGUCUGCAUUGUGCAGUUUGAAUACAUAUACUGCCUCUGAUAACUGACUGUAUUAAACCAACCAAUUCAUCACCUCA